AUGGGAGGAUCUCCGAAUCGGACCUUCGACGACAACGAGACACAGUUAGUUGUCGAUCUGUUUACGGACUACUUCGCGAGAGGUGAAUGCCCUGGCAUUCGUGAGGCUAUCGUCAAAUUUAUAAAACCAGACUUAUCUAGCCAGAAACGCAGGUCAAUCGCUGCCGUUGCAAACAACGAUCCCGCCAUCAACUCCGGCUGCUACACCGCAUCCACUUCUACCACAAGGUGGUCAGCAUUUGUCCAUGGUGACACGGCCAGUGGUCCAAAGGAGAAGUUGCAAUAUGUGGAGCGGUGGAUUAAUAGCAUUCCAUCGGACGCCCCAACUUAUGUACAGAAGUCCCUAACGCAAAUGGAGAUCAUCUCCGACCCCAAGUCCUUCCCCAAAGAACUCUCCCUCUUCCACCACACCAAUAUCCCAAACACCAUUGGUGAUAAUAAAAACUCCCAAGGUGAGCAAUUAAAAUGUCAAUUAGUAGGUGAAGUGAACUACGACGGUUGGUUGCAGCAGCAGCGGCAGUCGCAGGAGGUCUGCGCCAGCUAUGGUGGUGGUGCGGGUGUGGUGGGCCGAGGCAGCACAAGGACCGCCUCAAGUCGAAACCACCUCCCCCCACCUCAUCCGCCUCGCCAUAGCAGUAGCUACUAUCAGUUAUUUCCUCGCAUUGGGCCCCACCAUGGCGCUUUGCCUCCUCACUCUCCUCCCUUUGCUUACGAUCGCAAUACCAGGGACAGAUCUUUGCUGCGAGGCCCUUCGAAUCGGUUCUCCGGCAACUAUGAAGCAAUGGAUGUUGACGAGGUGCUUAGUGACAACUUUGCGAAUGACAACGGCCCCAGAUUGGAUGAGCUUCGGCGCAGGACAAGUCGCGCACAGUUGCAGACACGUCGCGCUGUGAGACACAUUCGGAAGAGGCUGAAACGACUGCAGGUGAACGACCAUCGGACUGACUAUGCGACGCCGUAA